AUGGGGAUUCAGGGCCUGCUCCCCCUGCUCAAGGACGUACAGACGCCGACCAACGUCUCACAGUACAAAGGACAGACUUUGGGCAUCGAUGGAUACGUAUGGCUGCACAGGGGCGCCUAUGGGUGUGCAGAGAAGCUCGUACUGGGCGAGGCGACGACGCAGUACACAAACUAUGCUAUGCAUCGUAUCCGCAUGCUCAGGCACCAUGGCAUUACGCCGUACGUAGUCUUCGACGGCGACCGUCUGCCAAGCAAGGCGGGCACAGAGGAGGAGCGUGAGGCGCGCAGAAGCGAGAAUCUGGCGAGAGCCAAGUCGCUCAUCCGAGAUGGCAGAAAAGGAUCUGCCUUUGAGGCAUUUGCAAAGUGCAUCGACAUCACGCCAGAGAUGGCGUACCAAUUGAUCAAGUGUCUCAAAGCGGAGGGUGUACCUUACGUCGUUGCCCCUUACGAGGCUGAUGCGCAGCUGGCCUACCUAGAGAAGACGGGAAUGAUCGAUGCUGUAGUGACCGAGGACUCGGACCUCCUCGUUUUUGGCUGCCGCAAAGUACUCUUCAAGAUGGAUUCCAACGGCGACUGCAUCGAGAUUUUGUCCUCGCGCUUCACAGCUUGCAAGACACUCUCUUUUGCAGGCUGGACCACCGACCUCUUCCGCCAGAUGGCCAUCCUCUCUGGCUGCGACUACCUUCCGUCGAUUACGGGCAUGGGUCUCAAGAAUGCACACAAGCUUCUGCAGCGAUACAAGACGGUCAACAAAGUUCUGCAGGCCGUACGACUGGAGGGCAAGAUGAAGAUUCCACCAGACUACCAAGCAAAGUUCGAACAGGCUGAAAAGACCUUUCUCUACCAGAGGGUGUGGUGUCCGCGCAGUGAAACAUUAACAACUCUGAAUGCUCUCGAGGCUGAUGAGACUGCUAUGGACUAUGUUGGUCCCGAGAUCGCUCGGGACGUGGCAAGAGGUAUUGCUCACGGAGAGAUCGAUCCGAUCUCAAGAUCAGCUAUGGUCGACAUAGCCAAGGGAUUUCAGCCAGGUGCACGAAGAUCAGCAGCGGCCGUCGCAUCAUCGUCCAGGGCAGCCUUUCGCAGGAACACAAGCAGGGACAGUCUGCCGCCUGCCCUCCCGCAAGGCCAGACUACGCUGCUCAACUUUGGCAAACGACCAGCAGGCUCAAAGACGAGCAAGGCCGUCUCGCUCCCUACUAUGCAGACACCUCGGCAGCCUCUUGGGAUCAGAGACGUUAACACGCUCACUAGCAAUGUUGGCACCUCGACAACCGUCAAAAGUCCCUUCUUUGGAGGCAAGCGUAAAGCUGCUACUCCGCCAGCACAGGAAGUCAUCUCUCCUGACCCUGUUGAGAGGACUCCGGAUACGGAUUCUGAUUCCGCGAUGCUCACGCAGCACCCCAAUGCUAGUCAGUCACCCAUCUCUGGCAUCGGCGACUAUUUCUGCGAGCUGGAUGGGGCUGAUCCCAGAUUGCUGAUGAGCGAAGAUGAGGGUGACAAGAUCCCUGCCUUCGCAGCUCUCAUCUCGGAGAAGACGGCCGAAAAGGUUCGACCCGGGGGAGGAGCGGCGGAGGAGGAGGAGGGGGAAGGCUUCGAAUGGGCUGUGAGGGAUUGCGCUAGUGAAGUCUCCUCAGAGGAUGCUCACGCGACGCCGAAGAAGCGGAGUGGCUGGCAAGAGACGUCAUCAGGAAGCUCGGCAUUCUCGUCGCCGUCGACCGAGGUAGGGGAGGCGAGCGUCAGUCCAGUGAAAAGGUUGAAGAGAGACGGGAGCGGAGGGCAAACAAGUGGUCACCAAGAGGGCUUGAUUUUGCGCGAAAUGUCACCUGCAAGUCCAAAGGAGGACAUCAUCUCUUCGCCAGUGCAAGACAAGGAGACUCCUCCAAUAGCGUCUACUGCCCGCUUUGCUGAGCCUGCUCUGCCUCUUCAAAAAGAGCGCACUGGGCGCAAGCGAUCUCUAUCUGCCGAAGACGUUGACUUUGCAGAUGAAGAGCGAGAAGAAGAGGACGAAGAAGAAGAAGACGGUACGGGAUCAGCACAGGCUGAAGCAAGCCCCUCCCUGUGGGCUAGAUACCGCCACCAGCCUCUUCGGACGGCUCAAGGCGACAAUGCAACCCCAGUCCGGCCUCGGACUGUGCUGCGAACGCCUAGCAAUCGGCCUCUGCGCUUGUACGCUUACCAGAGCCCGGCGGAGAAUACUCCCUUUGCUGCUCCGGUGACUGCAUCGACCAGCAAGGCUCGCACUCCUGUUCCAGUCGGCAAGAGAAGUCUCUCCUUCCAGAGCCGUAACGAUGAUGCGGAGAAUGUGCCUUCUCCCCAGUUGCUUCCGACUUCGGCGAUCAAGAGGAUGAAAGUGGACAGUCCUGCCGUCGCACAGCCCAAGCUGACAACAAGCAGGAGCUUGUCCGUCUUACCGCUUUCGGCUCGCUCGUCCAAUAGUGGCGCAGAGGAUGGGCAGAUUCGCCAGCAGUCCCCACUUUCGGCGUUCAGGUACGUGGGUAGCCCUAGCGAGACGAAGAAGAGUUUGAGUCUAGGCGCAGCGCCUUUGUCCUUGCAAAAGGAAGAGGCCGGGAGACAGAGAGCAGGGACUCUGCCUAGUGGUGAGGAGGGUAUUGUGGGGGAGAAGAGCAAGAGGCAGAAGCAACAGCAGCAGCAGCGAGGCGUCUUGCAAUUUGGAGGUGCUGGUCAGCAGAGGCAGACGGGAGACGCGGUGCCUAGUCUAGGCAGACCGUCUCUGGACAGAUUCAAAUUCAGGAGCACCUAG